CAGAGGGAGGAAGAGGUUUCCUGGGAAAAGAAAGUGAAAGUGGAGAACAGGUGAUAUUUAAAGGAUCAACCGGGGAACAGACCAGAAGGAGGAAAACAUUAAGGAGAAAACAAAAGAAACUAGGGACGCUUCUCAGAUCCUGAGAGUUGUGAGCCCUAUCGUUAAGUCAAACAGGACGAUGCAGAAAAAUGGGGACGCCAAUAAAAAGGAGAGUCCUCCUAAUGUCACACCAGUGAGACCAGUCCAGAGAGCUCAACAGGAACAAUCAGAGAAACCUUUGGACCCUGAGCAGCUGAUCCUCAACUCCCCACAACUUGCUGAUCAGAUUAAAUCUACCGUCAAUGACCUGAAGAUCCGGCAAGAAGAUCGGUCCUGGGCUGCAGAUUUGGUCAACGACUUCCGGGAAAAUCUUUUGAAGUUCCUGAGGAGCAGCACUGAUCAACCCAUCUUCCAGUCAGCAGAUUUCCUCAACACUGGCAGCUAUUUUGAGAAAGUGAAGAUCUCCAGUCCAAAUGAGUUCGAUAUGAUGCUGACGCUUCAGGUGUCAACGCGCCUCAACCUGACGCCACUUGAUGAUGGACUCUUCUACCGCAUCGACCUCACUCGACCGACUCGGACCCCCAUACAGGCCUUUCUCAUGGAGGAUGAGCUCACGUUGUCCUCAAGCAGGAUCCUAGGAGAGAUGUAUAGGCUGGUCCGCAAGUUCCUCAAGACCUACAAAGUGCCGAACGAUUGUUACCACUGGGAGGUGAACAAGAAGAAACCGUACUCUCCUGCCGUCACUUUGUCCCUGUGCAAACCUGAGAACGGCAGUGAUGAGCUGAUCUCUGUGGACGUGGUUCCUGCGCUUGAGGUUCAAAGUUGGCCGAAUGCCGUUCGCGGUGGCCCAAAUGUGGAAAACUGGCUGGGGAAGAAAGCUCGCCAAGAGAUCAGAAGUUUGCCCUGUUACUUUGUACCAAAGAGGCGCAAACUAGCACGAAACCUCAGUGAGGAAGCCAAGAGUGAUGCCAAAGAAAGUUGGAGGAUAUCUUUCUCUCACAUUGAGAAGAGGUUCAUGGCGGCACAUGGCAACAAGAAAACCUGCUGUGAGAGUAAAUCCACUAAAUGCUGCCGGAAGCAGUGCCUGAUGCUGCUGAAAUUGCUGAUUGAACGUUUGAAACACUGUUUUCCCAAAGAGCUGGACGCUCUCUGCUCGUACCAUGGAAAGACGGCCUUCUUCCACACCCUCUCUGCCAGAUACAGCGACUCCCAGUGGGCUAAAAAGGACCUCCCCAUCUGCUUCAUUCACCUUGUUGAUGCUUUCGAGGAUCAUGCGCACCGAGGUGUCCUCCCUCACUUCUUCGUCCCUCAAUGCAACCUUUUCUCCCCGGAUGCGUUCCCCCGCAAGGCGCUGACAUUCCUUGUUGAUGUCCUGAAAGAGCAGAAGAAAGAAGGUCUGCCUCUGCUGAAACCUCCAGCUCCAGCUCCAGCUCCACCUCUAAAACCAGAGACUGUUUCAGCGGAGACGUUUGCUGAGCUGGCCGCUGAAAAUUCCUUCUCGCCCAGUUGGUUUCCUUCAGUGGAUUCUUCAUUCAUCACAAAAAUAAUCCCAGUGCUAAUGUUGGUUUUCUUAGCUGUUUUAUUUCAUGUAGCACUGAAGGGAAAUCAGGAUAGACACUGAAUGGCUGAAAUUGGCCCAAGAAAUUCUUAAAGCCUGAAGAUGAACAGCACUUCCUUACACUGGCUGUGGUUAAACUGCAGGUGAAGUCUAUGACGCCUGCGAUCAUGCUCUAACUGUGGACAUUUAGUUAAAAAGGUAGUAUGCAUUCCUUUGAAGCAAUGUUUUCUCAAUCAAACUCCUGAAAGAUUCCCUGGUUGACCAUCUCUUCGGUCAACUGAAAACUUCUCAGUGUAGUUACUGAUAUCUGAUUUCUUAUUUCCGUCGUUACUGAUCGUCAUCUUUGGCUCUAAUUCACCAAAAAUUCAAAAACAGUUACAUUGUAGCUCUUGAUUACUCAUUGUUCAUAUGGUGAAUUUACAUAAAUUUGAACACAUUCUGUGUCACUUUUUUAUUUUUCAUGAUCAUUAUGUUUCACCUUUAUUUGAUCUCUAGUUGCAUGAAAGAAAUAUUUAUGCUACUUGAGUGUUUUUUUUUUUUUGCAGAUAUUUUGCUUUCGUUCGGUUCAUGUCUAAUUUUUGGGUGAAGUUGCUUUUUGCUGUUGCCUUUUUGUCUAUUUACACUUUUGUAUUUUCUCCUUUCACCUUGGUUUUUUCAUGUCUCAUUCUUGGAUAGCUUUUUUUUUUCAUUUGUGUUAUCACUGAUCCAUAACUUCUUGGGUCACUGGAUUUCUGACUUGAAAAGGGCAAAUUUCACAUUUUUAUGGAAAGCUCUAUUUGACAAUGUAUAUAUCAUUCAAGUGGAAAAAUGCAUUUCUAGUGAAAGAAGUUUUCUUUUUUCAUCUCA